CAUAUAUUUAUAACCAUAACCCCUCAUUAAUGUUUCUCACAUUAAUGACCUUAUAGGCACUUAAAAAGACAUCAAUACCCUUCAAUAGAUAUUAAGUUGUUCUCUCUUUUAUUUUUCUUGCACGUACCUAGCAGCCAUGGAAAUCUACUCUCACAAAAUAUAGCAAACACAUAUUUUCUCUCAAAUCAUCAAAUCUCAAAGGUCAUCACCAUUUUUUCGCACCAAGAUUUAGAAAGUGACGUUAUCUCCCACAUCUCUUUUCUUCUCACCCAAGUUGAAGAAGAUUAAAUAAAAAUCAUCUCCCAAACUUGAAGAAGAUUGAACAUUUGAUUUGAUAAUGAGUCAAACACAUAUAAAUAUUGUGGUGUUAUAUAAUGGAUCGUGGGAACAAGUUUUGAACGAAGGUUGGUCAUUUAGUGCUAAACAAAGCAAGGGUAUGAAGGUGCCAAAGACUAUCACUUACAAUAGUCUUGUUGAUCAAUUGUAUACUUUAAUCGGAGCUGACAAGUCUCGUAUUGAUCUUGACUUAAAUGUAAUCUAUCAUUUUGGAAGUAAAGGUAUCCCUCCAUCUUUAAUUAGUAAUGAUGAAGAUGUUGCUUUUUUUCUUGAUGAGAUAGGAACAUCUAUCAAUCAUCGGACACCCCUAUGUGUGUCUACUACAGAGAAGAGAAGUAAUGAUCCUUUGGUUACUAAAACACGUGAGUUGUAUACUAUUCCUCCAGUUGAAACCAAAGUGAAUGAUGAUUUUUGCAUUGAUGGCAAUGAAGACAGUUGUGAUGAUGAUAAUAAUGAUGCAGAUGGCAAUGAAGAGAGUUGUGAUGGUGAUAAUAAUGAUGCAGAUGGCAAUGAAGACAGUUGUGAUGAUGAUAAUAAUGAUGCAUUAAGCUCAGAUGAUAAUGAAAAUAUUGAUAGGUCUACCUGCAAUGAUGUACUUGUGAAGCAUAAUUUACAACAGUCAACCUCCAAUGAAGUAUUGAAGAGUCAUGAUUCCUCAAAUAAUAGAGGUCGUAAAGUAAGACAGGUUGGCGAAGAUAAUCUAUGGAGUACUCCACUUUUGUUGAAUCAAGGGGAAAAAGGCUCUACUUCAGCCUCAACAGCUCAAUUACUGACAUCUUCUUCGAGUAUCAAUUCGUGGGAAAUAAAAGAGGGUCAAAUAUUUGAGAACAAGCAAGAGUUGAAGAUGAAACUCCAUCUUUAUGCAUUAAAGAAAAACUUUGAGUUUAAAGUAAAGAAGUCUGCGAAAAAUAUAUGGUGUACAGUAUGUGUUGAUGAUAAAUGCAAAUGGAGGUUGAGGGCUACAAAAUUGGUUAAUUCCAAUAUGUUCGAGGUUCGUAAAUUUUUCGGUGAACACACAUGCUCAUUGGAUGUUCGACAUAAAGAUCACCGUCAGGCAUCCCCAUGGCUUAUUGGACAUGUCAUAAGGAGAAAAUUUGAGGGUGAUGAUGUUAAUUACAAGCCAAGGUCAAUUGUAAAAGAUAUGAGUUUAUCAUAUGGAGUUCAUAUGAGCUAUGCUAAAGCUUGGAGGUGUCGAGAGCAUGCAUUGGCUUACAUAAGAGGUACACCAGAAUCAUCAUUUCAGAAACUUCCCUCAUUUCUAUACAUGAUGGAGCAAAAAAAUCCUGGAACUGUUACUCAUUUGCAGAUGGACAAUGAAGGUAGGUUCAAAUAUUGCUUCAUGGCCUUAGGUGUUUCUAUAAUGGGGUUUAAGACAUAUAUUCGCCCAGUUAUAUGUGUAGAUGGAACCUUCUUGACUACUCGGUGUGGAGGUACUUUGUUAUGUGCCAUGGGACAAGAUGCUAACAAGAAAAUAUAUCCAAUUGCAUUUUCAGUAGUUGACUCAGAGAAUAAUGACUCAUGGUUGUAUUUUCUACUGAGGUUGAAGGAAGCGAUUGGUGAAGUGGAGAAUCUAGUAUUUGUGUCUGAUAGACAUACUAGUAUAGCAAGUGCCUUGACUAAAAUUUUUCCUGAGGCACACCACGGUGCUUGUAUACAUCAUGUUAGCAUGAAUAUUCGUGCGAAGUUCAAAACUGACCAUUGCCAUGAAGAAUUCUUCCUUGCAGCGAAAGCUUAUAGAAAGCGAGAGUUUUUACGCCAUUUUGAGAAGAUUAAAUUCAAAGAUCUUGCAAUUGCUCAAUACUUAGAGAAUCAAGUGGGUUUUGAAAAGUGGGCUCGUUCUUUCUUUCCUGGCCAUCGAUAUAAUUUAAUGACUACAGGUAUUGCCGAAAGCUGGAACAAUGUCAUUGCUGAGGCACGUGGGUGA